AUGGAUCAAUUAAUGUCAGGUGAAUUAUUAAAUCAAGAUCUUUUUAAUGCACAAGUUGAAACUGAUAUUUCUAUAUUUCAAACAAUAACAAGAUCAAAUUUUCUUCGUUCAUUAACGUCUAUGCGUUCAUUUAUAAAUAGAAAUGAACUUUUGACUACUUCUUUAAUAUCUGCUACUACAAGUGUUUCACAUGAUAAUACAGUCACAUCAUAUGGAUAA